AUGAAGCAAGGAUCCGGCCAUGCUAUAUUCACUGCAGAAUGUUCACAUUCCUUCCAUUUCCACUGCAUUGCUUCAAAUGUGAAACAUGGAAACCAAAUAUGUCCAGUGUGUAGAGCAAAGUGGAAGGAAAUACCCUUAUCGGGUCCCAGUUUGGAGCCUCUCCCUGGCAGAGUUUCACCAAGUCCAAUCAAUUGGCCCCAAAAUGAUGCUUUGAUGGCAGUGGUCCAUCGUCUACCCCUACCCCAUCCUCACCGUGAUUUGAAUAGGAGGCAUGUCGUGCCACUUUAUCAAGCUUCUGAGCCAGGCAUAUUUGAUGAUGAUGAAUCCUUGAAUCAUCAACAUGUGUUUUCUGAUAGAAGUCCUUGCCAUGUGAAUACUAAAGAUACUGAGGCUGCUAGAGCAAUGGAGAUUAAAACAUUCCCAGAAGUAUCUGCUGCUCCAGGAUCCAAGACUCAUUCUAACUUCACAGUUUUGGUUCAUCUCAAAGCAACUGCAGCCGCAGCUGCUGCUGCAGCCAAAAGACAAAACCUUAGUAGAAACCAGGCAAACUUGGCACCGAUUUCUCAGACUCCUCGUGCCCCUGUUGACUUGGUCACAGUGCUUGAUGUGAGUGGUAGCAUGGCUGGAACUAAGCUUGCACUACUCAAAAGAGCUAUGGGAUUCGUCAUACAGAACCUUGGCUCUAAUGACCGGCUCUCUGUUAUUGCUUUUUCUUCCACAGCUCGCCGCCUAUUUCCCUUGUGCAGAAUGACUGAUUCCGGGCGGCAGCAGGCAUUGCAAGCUGUUAAUUCUUUGGUUGCAAAUGGUGGUACCAAUAUCGCCGAAGGGCUGAGAAAAGGUGCCAAGAUAAUGGAAGAUCGAAAGGAAAAGAAUCCAGUUGCCAGUAUUAUUCUGUUGUCUGAUGGUCAAGAUAAUUACACUGUCAAUAGCUCUGGAACUAACCAGCCUCAACUAAAUUACCAGUUUCUUCUGCCCACCUCUAUCAGUGGUGGUGAUAAUUCAACAUUUCAAAUUCCCGUGCAUGCUUUUGGAUUUGGUGCAGAUCAUGAUGCUUCUCUAAUGCACUCAAUUUCAGAGAUUUCUGGUGGCACAUUUUCUUUCAUUGAGACCGAAGCUGUGUUACAGGAUGCGUUUGCACAAUGCAUUGGAGGACUUCUGAGUGUAGUUGUUCAGGAGCUUCAAGUGGGAAUUGAGUGUAUACACCCAAAACUCAGUCUUGUCUCGCUAAAAGCAGGAAGUUACCCAAGCCGUUUGAUUGCUGAUGGACACAAAGGAUUGAUUGACGUUGGAGACCUGUAUGCCGAUGAAGAGAGGGAUUUUCUUGUUUCACUCGAUGUCCCAGCUACAUCUGACAAUGAAACAUCAUUGAUAAAGGUCAAAUGUGUAUACAAGGAUCCCUUAACUCAGGAAACAGCAACAAUGGAAAGUGAGGAAGUUAAGAUUGAAAGGACAGAAAUUGCCGGGCAGGUAGUAAUGUCACUUGAAGUGGACAGACAACGCAACAGGCUCCAUGCAGCCGAGGCAAUGGCUCAGGCUCGUGUUGCAGCUGAACGAGGGGACCUAAGUGGAGCAGUAUUAAUCCUUGAAAACUGUAGAAAGAUGCUGUCAGAGACCAUUUCAGCCAAAUCUCACGACCGUCUUUGUGUUGCAUUGGAUGCUGAACUUAAGGAAAUGCAAGAGCGGAUGGCGAGUAGGCAUGUGUAUGAAGCAUCUGGGAGAGCAUAUAUACUCUCUGGAUUGAGUUCACACUCAUGGCAAAGAGCAACAGCAAGAGGUGAUUCCACUGAUAGGUCAAGUCUAGUUCAGGCAUAUCAGACACCUUCAAUGGCUGAGAUGCUUACUCGAUCUCAGGCCAUGUUACUAGGUAGUCCAUCAGGGCAGAGGCUUCUCCAGCCACUGUUGUCAGUCAGAUCACAACCAAGCCCAAGGUGA